CCCGGGACAGCAGCGGGCAGGGCGGCGGACAGCGCGCCCCAAGGCUGGGGUUGCAUGGAGCUCCCGCGCCGCUGGUUCUUCCGGCUGCUGCUCCUGAUCGUGGCUGCCGGCUCCGGGAUCCUCUUCGCCCUGUACUCCUCGGCGCUGGGGCUGCCCACCUUGCCCGGGAUUCGAACCAGGAACAUCCCAUCAACUCAAGCAUUCUUUCCAACCAAGGCAUCGAAUUCUGGGACCAGAAAGACCCCGCGUUGCCAACACCCCCUGUAUCUGGCCAUUGGGAGGAAUCACCGCUUCCGGGGCCUGUUUGACCUCUCCAUUCCAGUGCUACUGUGGGGAGGCCUUUUCACCCCAGAGCUCUGGGACAAUCUGAGCCAGCACAAAGUCCCCUAUGGCUGGUGGGGCCUCCCCCGUGAAGCCAUAGUCUCCACCCUGAGCCUUCUGAAUAGCUCCGAGAGUGCUAAGCUCUUUGCCACCUCCAGGAAGCCUGCUCCAAGCUGUGUCCGGUGCGCCGUGGUGGGUAACGGAGGCAUCCUGAACGGGUCCGGUCAAGGGCCGAAAAUAGAUGCCCAUGACUAUGUGUUCAGACUCAAUGGAGCGGUGAUUAAAGGCUUCGAGCGUGAUGUGGGCACCAAGACCUCCUUCUACGGUUUCACUGUGAACACAAUGAAGAACUCCCUCAUCUCCUACAAGCACCUGGGCUUCACCUCUGUGCCUCAAGGACAGGACCUGCGCUACAUCUUCAUCCCCUCGAGCAUCCGUGAAUAUCUGAUGCUGAGAUCUGCCAUUCUGGGAACGCCUGUCCCCGAGGGCCCAGAUAAAGGAGACAGGCCUCCCAUCUAUUUUGGACCAGAAGCCUCUGCCAGUAAAUUCAAGCUCCUGCAUCCAGACUUCAUCAGCUACCUGACAGAGAGGUUUUUGAAAUCCAAGUUGAUUAAUAUGCCUUUUGGAGACGUCUAUAUGCCUAGUACUGGAGCCCUCAUGCUGCUGACUGCUCUGCACACCUGUGACCAGGUCAGCGCCUAUGGAUUCAUCACAAGCAACUUCCGGAAAUACUCGGACCACUAUUUCGAAAGAGAGAAGAAGCCUCUGAUCUUCUAUGCAAACCACGAUCUGCUGCUGGAAGCCGCGCUGUGGAGGGACCUCCACGAGGCUGGCAUUCUUUGGCUGUACCAGCGCUGACCCCACAAGCUUUGCCUCUUGAUGGCUCUUCCCAAGUGACAAAACUCAACCAUUCAUUCAACCUCUGGAGGAGGCUUCACCCCUUUUGACCCUCUGCUUCCCAACAGAAGGUACUGAGACAGACCCGUGACCAUCAUGAAAAUCUGUUUAAUGCAGGACCAUUUUGUCCAUUGGCUCCUGUGAGAACACUCUGGGUCUGAAACGCACACAUCUCUACCUGGGCUAAGGGAAAGCAGACGGGCUGGAUUUAAGAGAGCACAACACUCCCAACAAGAGGCGGUGACUGAAAGGAAAGACAAUUGAUCCGGGGCAACUGCAAACAUCAGGGUUCGUGGGCAUCAAGAACAGAGGCAUAGGCAAGUGCCUGCCCUCCACCUGAACCCGACAUGACAUGUCUAGCCCCAAACGCAAACUGGCUCAAACCUGAGGACACCUCUUGAGAUCCUUCUGAGAACCUGAUACACUUCUGCCUCACGCUAGAGUACGACAAAAGGCAGAAUGUGAGACUAGAUAAAGGCGUAAAUAAUGGAUGACCGUUUUGUCCAGUUUUGUGUUGGGCAAGUCAAGAAAGCACCUACAAUAGAGGGUUAGCACAGAGGGAGGGGCUGCAGCACAAACAGGCCAGCCAGUGACUGCUGGUGCCCCCCAUCCCAUUCCACUGGGAAACUAAGCCAGUAUGAGACACUGGACGGAGGUCACCCGCACUAAAGCCUGCCUGCCACUGGGUUCUUCAGCACCACCUUGUCACUAACACAGUUCUAAUAAAUCUGAUCUUAUGAUAGGA